UGAGAUAAAGUUAGAUUCCUCAAAAGGACAGUGAAAUGUAAGAAAUAAACGCGUGGCUGGUCGUCAGAGGUGGGACACACCAAUGAUGCAAGCCACUCAGCUGAGCUUGCUCGGGAAGAUACAUCAGCGACUAUGAACUCGAAACACAGUGAUCGAUCACUUGGGAGUUAGGACAAUAUAAAUACGACCUCACUCUUUCCUCUGCACUUCCAGAGCUAAAACAACACGGUCUAUUCAGAUUGAGUGAGAGAGAGAGAGAGAUGAUGAUGAUGAUGAUGAGCAGCGGCCGCAUCACACUUCCUAAGGGUUUCCGAUUCCGGCCCUCCGAUGAGGAGCUGCUGAGUCAUUACUUGGAGAAGAAGAAUCAGCGCAAGGAUCCCGAAAUGGAGGCCAUCAUCCCUGAAAUCAAUGUGUGCGAGCACGAGCCUCGCGACUUACCAGCCCUGGUGUUCACAAGGGCGGUAUUUCUGGACAAGGAGUGGUUCACCAUGGCGGACUCUCCGGACAUGGAGUGGUACUUCUUCAGUCCGCGAGUUUUUAAACACAGCAAAAGAAAAAGCACUCGGUCCAACAGGACCACGGAGGAAGGCUACUGGAAGAAGCAAGGCAAGGACCGCAGAAUCACUCAGGCACGUUCUGAUAAGCAGAUCGGGGGGAAGAGGAUCUUGACCUUCUACCAAACUGGAGUGCAGAAAAAACAGAAGACUGACUGGGUUAUUCAUGAGUAUUAUCUCACUAAGGCCGAUUCUAAUGAGCAGAUUGGGGACUUUGUUCUCUGCCGCUUGAAGAAAAAGGCCGACAAGUCUGAUUCCGAUAUGGUUGGAGAGCUACUUGAUGAGCCAGGAAAUCAACCUCCGCCACCUCAACUGCAGUCACCAAUAAAGUUGGGUAAUGUUUCACACACCACCAAUGUCCAUAUUGAUGAAUGUCGUAAGAGGAAAUAUCAAUUUGCGGAUAAUGACUCUUCUCCUACUAAAAAUAAUCAUAUUUCAACCAAUGAUGUUGAUGAACUAGUUAACAACACUUCAUCUUAUUCUGAAAGUCAUGCUGCAGAUGCUAUUCCAAAGGAGUAUUCUCAACCAGGAGAAAAUCUGGGAUCUAAUUCAAUAUUUCAGUCACUGGAACCACUAUCAGUAAACAGAGCACCGAGAGAUUUUUCCCAUCACAAUAAUUUUAUUGGAUGGGAUGAUUUGCCAUCUUUAAUUGAAGGUAUUGACUCUUCUCUCUAAAAGUUCUCAGAUACAGAUAUUGAUGGAGGUAGCAGUGACAGAAACACCAAAGUCGUCUAUGGAUCGGUAUACAAUUAUUCUACAUUUAGUGGCAGAUCCACGAUACAAAAAUGGGGUGGGCUAGUCUAAGGUUGCUUAUAAGUUUUUUUUUCUUUGUUUUGUCAAUAAUGUUUCUAAAAAUUUUAAGACACUAAGAAUUAAAGAUGAAAUUGACAAAUCUAUACUAUUAGUAAGAGAAAAGACUUUGUUAGCCAAAAUUGAACAAUUGUACCAAAAUAACCCUGAAAUAUUAAUAAACUUUCAUACUCAUAAAGCAUAUAAUAGUCAAUUACAAGAGAAACAGAAAAAUAAGAAAAGAAAAAAAAUAGGGAGAUAGAUAAACACGUGGGAGAACUACCAACCCCAUGAAUAACUAUCCACUGAAUCCAUUUUCUCUGCAGAUAACUACCCACUAUCUGCAGAUAACUUUCUAUUUUUUUAUUUUUAUUUUUUACAACGAAAGUUUUUCUUACACAUGCAGAGCAUGUGAUUGUAGAUUAGUAUUCUAUAAAGAAACACUUGCAGAAAAUUUACAAAACAAUGAAAGAAAAUAGUAACCAAGAAGAAGGAAGGGAGAAAAAAAAUAGGGGAAAGAGCAUUAGAAACAAGAGAAGAAAUUAUUGUAAGCAAAGAAGAAAUGGAGAAGAAAAUUGGUGGAAAAAAAAAAGGAAAAAGAGGCAGAAAACACAAAAAAAAAUGGGCGAGUGGGGGCAAUAGAAACAAGAGAAGAAAAUAUUGCAAGUAAAGAAGAAAUGGGUGCAAAAAAAAAAACAGAAAAAGAGGCAGAAAGAGAAAACACAAAAAAAUAGUCAAGUGGGGGCUUGAACUCAUCAUAGAGAGGUUAAGCAUACCUUAGCCAACUUAACUAACUGUGGUUUUAUGUAAAGAUACCCACAAUAUGCUAUAUAAAAACAAAUGAAUAAUUUUGGGUUGGGCUAUAGCCGAAGCAUCCUACAACGUGGUUCCGCCACUACUAUAUUAGUUAUUGGAGCAACACUCCAAUAGUUGCUCCAAUAUAGCUAAUCAACCUAUAUUUAUAGGAGAAUAUCAAAAGAGGCGUCAGUAAUAAUGUGUCUCUAACUCAUUAUUACCGUUGGUGAUAUUCUCCUACAAGUAGUUCAAAGAUCUCCCAGUUAUAUGAAAUGCUCUGUUGAUUGGCAUACAAUCACAGGUUUUCUGCAUUUCUUGAACUGGAGACUUCUUAGAGCAAGUCCACCAAGGGCAGUUUGGCCCCUUUGUCACAAGCACUACGUCAAUUUCUGGCCCUGGGGCGUGACCCCAAGGGUUUACAACAUAUUUGCUCAUGGGGAGAUGGGACGAGCACUGGGUUGAUUGCUGACCAAGUUUUACCAAAGGGUGGGAAACCUGGGACAAGCAUUGCGUCGAUUUCUAGCCCUGGGGCGUGACCCCAAGGGUUUACAACAGAAUACAACAUAUUUGCUCAUGGGGAGAGUCGAGCCCUUACAAUAGAUGACGGAAGUCAUCUCAACCAACUGAACUACUUUGGUAGUUUGCUAUGUUACGUCAUUCGUGUUUGUGUGUGUGCAGAUGACGGAAGUAAUCUCAACCAAUUGAACUACUUUAGUAGUUUGCAAUGUUACAUCAUUUGUGUGUUGCAAAAUUAUUUAUUUUAAAGAAAAAGAACAUAUCCUAAUAACAAUUUUAAAGAAAAAGAACAUCUCCUAAUAACAAUUUUAAUAAACUCCCAACUCAUAUGAAAUUCACAGCUGUCUUGAUUGGCAUACAAUUGCAGCUUUUCUGUAUUUCUUGCGCCGGAGGCUUUGUAAACUUCUUAAUCGUUUUGGCAUUCAAUUACAACUCAGGGCAGCUGCCACUAGUCUGUACCUGGUUUUCUUUUCUUUUCUUCUUUUUUUUGGUUGUUGUUGUUGUUUUGUGUGUGUGUGGGGGGGGGGGGGGGGGGGGGGGUUCAGCAUUGCUGGUGUCACAGCAUCCCCAGUGAACUUUUGGUUUAAAGAGAGACCGGCUCCGGAAGUCUACCCUUCUCUGAAUGUCACGAGUCCAGGCAAAUAAAGAUGUCUUCUCUCAUAAGCAGUUCCUUCGAGGUGGAGCUUUGUCUGUCAACAUUACUACCCAUAUUCAUUCCUCAGAUCGUCUUGUCAAUAUAAGUACAAUAUUCCAUCUGAUCAAACAUUGUGUCAACCAGCAAAGUACAGAUAUUUGUUCCUCAUAUCCAUAGUUUUCAAAUGUCCUAAAAUCAAAGGACAUAAAUAUUCAUUUCUUCAGAUCCCUAAUAGUGAAUCCCCAGGAUCACCAAUAGUCAUUCCUCAAACAAAUAGUCUGCAAUUAGUAUGCACUUAAGAUCAAAAGGCAUACGCAAAACAUCAAUAUCAUCCAAAAUCCAGUCAUGGGGUCAAACAUGGGAGGUGCUCCAAGAAGACUCCAACUGCAGAGCAGCAUCACAAGCCAAGGUCAGUGAAGCUGCAGAGGCAUUAUAUUGCUGUUCAUCUGCCCCAGAAGAAACUGAAAGUCCUGGAAGCAGACAACAGUUCGAAGCUGGCAACAAUUUAAAGAACUCUUUCAUUUUCUAGAAUGCAUCUCCUAUCAAUCCAUAAAGCAUAUCUUUCGGACCGAAGUCAUAAUUCUAGCCUGAAAGGCCACUAUGGGCAACGCAACUGUUGCAUAGUCAGUAAUCUGGAAGCGACUUUAUAUAGAACCUGCUGCUACAUGGUUGCUGGAGUCUCAAAGACAUAUUAGUAAUAAUCAGACCGUCUGGUUAGAACCGUUUUCAAGAUGUAUGAAUACAAUUAAAGGUCAUAGAGAGGCCUUCAGACUAAAUCUGAACACCUCAUGCCUAAAACGAAAUAUUGUAUCACUCAUUAUAUCGCUCUUGUUUGUAUUACCCUAAUAUUCUUGUAGAUAUUGUUCAUUAUGAAGCUUUAAUGUUUAAUGGAAUUUUGUGUAUAUUAUUCCCUGUU